AUGAUUGACACGUUUAUCUAUUGGAAUUUUCGGGGGAGCAAAGGGAACGCAAAUGUGUUAAGGAUCUCCCUGCCUUGUAGUUACAACACGAUAAAGAAGAAGAUCCUGGAGGUGACCAAUUUGAAUCUACAAAACAACUUGGACAUCCUCCUUUACCACAAUAACAGAGUGUUGAGCGAAUAUGAAAGUAUACAAAAUGAAAUGCUGAUAGAAAUUCAGCGGAGCAACGUAGAUGUGGUUAAAGAGUUGCUACACAAAAGUAAUAAUGCCUAUUUGGACAGGAACAAAAACAAUGUGCAGGACAACAGGAGGGGAGGAGCUACGCCCCUGUCUGGUGGGAGACAAAGCGAAGUGCGCGAUAGUAAGGUAGAUGGUACUAGUACGAUUGGGAGCACAUAUGAUAGUGGUGGAAUAGGUGGCAGCCACAGAGGCGUAGGAGGGCAUGAGGGUAAGCCAAGUAGCCUCGAUCUAAACAGACCGCUCAAGAUGAGUCGAACUGCAAACUACCCAUACAGUAGUAAACAGCCAUGGAAUGUCUACAACCGAAAUGCUAUAAGUGUAAAAGAAAAUAAUGAGGAGGAUGAUGAGGAUAUGAAGAUUCAGGAAAUGAUGGAAAAAAAUAAUCCCUAUUAUCAACGUUCAGAUUAUGCCAAAUCUAGAAUGUUAAAUUAUUAUAAAAAGGACAGAAAUAAUGUUUCUCAAUUUUAUAUGAACAAUAAAUUUAAGAAAGUAGCCGCAUCCCCUUCUUCUACUCCUUCCGCAUCUGCUUCUUCCAUUGCGAAGAAUUUAAGUGGGUACAAUUCAAUGUCCUCCACUUCCCUUCCCAGAGGAGGAGAACACCAGUUCCAAAACGGAAUGGCAGGGGCGUACAGUAAGUUUUACAAAAUGAGGGGUGCCUCACAGAGUAGUGGCUAUGGUAGUGCGAUGAGUCACAGCACUUAUGCAAACUCGAGAAAUCAACAGAAGACAAAAAUUGGUAAUAACAGUGUGAGCAAUCAGGAUACAAGCACAAAGUAUGUGUCGCCCGACUACAUAUGUCACAUGUGUGGGAAAAAAGGGCACAGUAUUAAGAAUUGCACCAUGAGCUCUUUUAACAAUAAUAAAAAAAUUAAAGUACCCACUGGAAUACCAACUAAUUUUUUAACGAAAAUUAAACCAGAGGAUAUAAAUAAGUAUGACCAGAUUUAUAUUCUGAAGGAUGGAAGUUAUGGAGUGUUGAAAGAUGUUGAAGAUGUUAGUGGAAGUGCAUACCUAUAUCGCAGUGUUGAUGAUAAAAUUAAUAUUUACUUGGGUGUGAAUAACAAGGAUAGUAGUAGGAAUGGUCAUAUGGAUGGGGAUCAGGGUGGUGAUGGAAGGGGAAGAAAUGCAGGUGCUAACUCUGGUGGGAACCUUCUUAGCAGUACCAAUCAAAAUGGGAAUGGCAGUUACCCUAAUGAGGAGGGAGACAAAAUUUCCAAUCUGUACAAAUGUCUGUUAUGUAAAAAAUUGUAUUCUUCCCCAACAACGCUACCUUGCUGUGGGGAGACAUAUUGUAAAGGAUGCCUAUACAGGUAUAAUAGAAAAAGGAAAAAUGAUUACUCUUCUUCGCAGUUCUCGUCCUCAUCAGGGUACCAACAAAAUGGGGAUGGCAAAUCUCAAAUGAUGAAAUGCCCCAAUUGUCACAAGCUUAUAAAUUCAGAUGCCCUAAUCAUUAACACUAACAUUAAAAAUGUAAUUGACACAAUUAUACGAAAUCAAAAGGUCACUAAUGCGAAUAAGGACGAGGAAGAUGUCCGCGGUGGGAAUGCCUCGAACGGGGUAGGCACCAAUAUGGCAACCAUAGGUGGUAUGUCUCACAUGUCAAGUGAUAAGAACGCCACUUCAUAUAACAGAGCAACCAACGGAGUUACUAACAACACUGAAUCCUCAUCGUCCCGUUCUGUUCCUAAUGGAAAAUUAUAUCAAAGGCAACCACUCCCCAGUGGAAGCUUCCCACCAGGUAGUGACCUUCCCAGCAAGAAUAGUAGAACAACGGAAGAGCAAAAUUCACUUCACAGUAGCAGCCUCUGCAACGACAAUGAGGAUGAAUUUCAAGACAAUAGUUUCAACCCCCUAAUUAAUUUACCCAUUAAUCUGUUAGAGAUACAACGCCAACACGAUUUUGCUGCGGCGUAUAUAGCCAAAUAUAAAAUGAGGCGAAAACCUAAGCGGAAAAGAACUAUUGACCUCGAAAUGCUUUUCAUGACUAAGCGAAGAGUGUGCUAG